AUGAAACCUGAUGAUAUAGACUUCGAUGAAUAUUGUGAUCCAUAUAACCCUCGCAAAUGUGAAUAUGAAAACAUAUUGGCUGCAAGUCGCCGGAUUGUGGGACAAAUCGUACGAACGCCCCUCUUGCAAGCUCAAAUGUCCGAAAACCUUGGAAUGGACCUUUAUUUAAAACAAGAAUUCCUUCAAUUCACUGGAAAUUUUAAGGAGCGUGGAGUGCGCAAUACCCUUUUGCUGCUAAACGAUGAACAAAAGAAGUUUGGCGUUGUUGCCGCCAGUUGGGGUAACCACGGUUGUGCCGUCAGCUACCACUCUACGCAGAUGGGUAUUCCUAGUAUUGUCGUAAUGCCUCUAUUAGCUGCAGUAACAAAAGUGAACAAUUGCGAAAAGUUGGGCGCUAAGUUAAUUUUGUUCGGUGACAACAUUACCGAAGCAAAACAUCAUGCUAUGACCAUUGCAAAAGAAAAGAAAAUGAUGUACCUUAAUGGUUUUGAUCACCCGCACGUUUUAGAGGGCCAGGGUACAGUAGGUAUUGAAAUAUAUGAACAACUGCCUGAAGUAGACGCAGUGCUGGCACCUUGCGGGGGUGGCAGUCUUCUAGCCGGUGUAGCCGUAGCUAUUAAACAUCUCAAACCUGACACGGAAGUGUAUGGAAUCGAAACAGACAAAACUUGCAGUAUGACAGAAUCGUUGAAGAAAAACGAAAGAGUAUUUCUGCCUAUAGACUCCAGUAUUGCAGAUGGAUUAGCCGUAAAUAAAGUUGGAGUGAAUACCUUUUAUACAAUUAAAGGACCACCACCUAUAGUGGAUAAAAUGGUGGUCGUUAACGAAGACUGGGUGGCGCGUGCAGUCAUGCGCCUUGUUGAAGAAGAAAAGUUCGUUGUCGAAGGAUCCGGAGCUACCGGGGUCGCAGCUCUCAUUGCAGGCCUCCUUCCCAAUUUGAAAGGCAAGAAAGUUGUGUGCAUUUGUACUGGCGGUAACAUAGACACUACCACAAUGGCGCGAGCAUUAGAGCGAGGCAUGGCAUCAGAGGGGCGGUUGGUAAAAUUCAAGGUGACAGUGCGUGAACGACCGGCAGGCCUGGCUGAGUUAUGCGGCUUACUCUCUAGCAUGGGUGCUACAGUGCGUGAUUGUUUACCUGAAAGGGCUUGGAUUAAGGGGGAUGUGUAUAGCUGUGAAUUUAAAAUGACUGUAGAAACCAAAGGAUGGUCACACGCCGAGGAAAUAGAAGAAGCCGUCAAGAAACAUUUCAAAAUUUGCUUCUUCCCAGAACUGAAAGAGAAAACGAACAAUUUACCAACACCGCGGCGAGGUCCUUGUCUCGCUGCCAAUCCCGUCUGCAUGCAAAAAAAUACCUAA